AGGACAAGGCCACGUGACAGUUUCUCAUAAAAUAUUUCAGUGGUUCAAUGUGCACCCCGGGUUCACAAUGCAUGUCUCAUGAUGGUUAUAAUGCGCUGUUUAUAAUGGAUGAGUGCUGGCAAAAGGUGUGACACACACCGGAGCCCAUACUAUAAAGGAUAAGAUGCUGGAUGUAAAGCAUCUCCUAGCCAGCAGAAGUCAACUACCCUGCAGUAUAAAGACAUGGCAUUGGUUCUGUUUUGCUUUGUGUUGCUGUGCUGGGCAGCUGGGCAGUGUCAUGCCAGCUGUGCCCUGGAGAACAUCACGAUAGGGAUAGAGAAAGACGGCUGCGGAAACUGUGUGUCUGUCAACACCACCUCCUGUGCCGGGAGGUGCCUUACGCAGGCCGAUGUGUACAAGAGCUCAAUAUCACUCUACACCCAGCUGGUUUGCACCUUUAAAGAGAUCUCCUACGUAACAGUGCAGCUGCCCAACUGCCCCGAACACGUGGACCCUUUUUACACCUACCCCGUGGCGCUCAGCUGUGAGUGUGGCCAGUGUGCCACGGACUACACUGACUGUGGCACCCUAAGCCUAGGACCCUCCGACUGCUUCAGCCAGGAGGACUAGAACGGAAAAUGCACCGUUAUAUGAUUAGUACCCUGCUGGUACACCUCCCUCUACUGUGUGACUGUGCUCUAAUUCUCUUCCCCUGCAUUGUAAAGUCAUGCAGUUUAGAACCUUUCCCUUGUUUUACUCUAUUAUGAUUAAUCAGCUCAAAAACUGGUUUCCAGUUUCGUAAUGAUUUUGCUUGACAACGCUAAGAAAAUUAAAGGGGUUAACUGUCCCUUUUUUUAUGAAAUCACAAAUAUCUUUUGCAUGGUAUGUGCUGAGUAUCUCUUUUGAUGAUAUAAACAAUGGAUCUGGAUUUCUGUAGUAUACUACUAUAAGAUAGAGAGUGUUUUGGACAGUGCUAUAUACUACAGUAGUGCAUGAUAAACCAUGGUAAGCAAUGGUAAAUGCAUAAUAUAAUCAUGGGAAAGCUGAGGUGGUUGAGAAUGACAACAUUUGACUGGGAAUGUCUUCCCUUAGACAGCUCUUGCAGUGAUUGGGGGAGUCCUUCCCAUUUGAAAUAUGUAGGAUCUUUUGAGAAGAAUAUGGAUUCAAUCUGUACUGUUAGUAUUUUUAGACUGCACAUUGAGAACAAUUUGAAAACAAUAUGCUGUUAUAUGUAUUAAA